AUGCACCACGAGGAGGAGAAUUCUGAAAAACUGGAAAAUUCCUCGUUAAAUGAUACGAAGAAUGUGUUGAAUCCCACGAAAUUGUCCAGACCUAUCGAUGGAUCGCUGUACAUCCCCGGUGUAGUAGGCCUAAAUAACAUUAAAGCUAACGAUUACUGUAAUGCAGUGCUGCAGGCUUUGACUCUUGUUAAUCCGCUUCGGAAUGACUUCUCGAGAGAAGAGAAUUGCAGUAAUGUAAAGAGACCUUCCAUGCUCCUGCAGAGGUUUGGCGAGCUUAUGAGGAAAUUGUGGAAUCCCAGGAACUUCACAGAGCAUGUGAAUUUGUAUCAUUUCUUCUGUAUCAUAUCAACGAAAUUCAACGGGCAAACUGAGGAAUACAAAACCAUAUAUAAAAGGAAAAUUUCAUGAUCGUUGUACAUCCCCGGUGUAGUAGGCCUAAAUAACAUUAAAGCUAACGAUUACUGUAAUGCAGUGCUGCAGGCUUUGACUCUUGUUAAUCCGCUUCUGAAUGACUUCUCGAGAGAAGAGAAUUGCAGUAAUGUAAAGAGACCUUCCAUCUGCUUCUGCAGAGGUUUGGCGAGCUUAUGAGGAAAUUGUGGAAUCCCAGGAACUUCACAGAGCAUGUACGAGUAUCCAGAAAUUCUCUCCAAGCUGUUGUAUCGUGGAGUUAAAAGAGGUUUCAGUUCACUCAGUAAGGAGAUCCGAUAGAUUUUUUUGUCUUUGGUUCCUGAUUGCCCUUGAUUGAGCAUUGGAUGGUAUUAAGAAAAAUGACAGUUCAAUAAUCUACGGAAAUUGAGACGGAAUCGUCCCUUUUUGUAUCUGACUUGCGAUCUACUGCCUUCGCCAUUUUGUUUAUCGACGAAUUUCUGAUCAUUCCUCAGGUAUGCAUUUCAAAGCGUUAUGUUAUAAUAGAAGUGUAUGUAAUAAUUUGUGAUUUGUAGGUGAAUUUGUAUCAUUACUUAACGAAAUUCAACGGGCAAACUGAGGAGUACAAAACCAUAUAUAAAAGGAAAAUUUCAUGAAGAAGUUCGAAUUAAGUGUACAAAUUGAGAACGACACAAUGAUUUUACUCCUGUAACUUUUUUAUAUAUUAAUAUUUCGUCUCUAUUUUGUUGUAUUUAACGGUAGUAAGUUUAUUGUAAGACAAUAAAAAUAUUGUUGAAAGUG